AUGCAAACGUUUUUUUUUGUUGAAAUUUUUGUGCAGUCACUAGUGGUACGAGAACUGGUUCAGCUCACACUCAACGACCGUGAUAUCAAGGUAGAAUCCACCCAGGAUUCGGGAGAAAUCGAUGUUGCUGGCGAAGUAGAUGACCUGGAAAGUAGUCUUCUGAAAAUCUCGUUGAUAUGUAAUAAGGAGAACCAAUCGGAAGAUUCAUUUGAUGAGCCUCCAUCGUUCAAAAGCAUAAUCAUCAACAAAUCUCCAACAGUCCUAAGAACUAAGAACUUUUCGUCCGUGAAAGGUGGGUAUUUCCUGAUUGGUAUCGAAGUCACGUAA